UAUCUUGCAUAUAAUAAUUAUCGUAAUGUAAUAAAAGAAUAUGAUAAAUAUAAAAGACUUUAUGAUAAAAAAUAUAGAUUUGAAGGUAUCAUUAAUGAUUUAAAAGAAGAACGAGGAAAACUGAAUUUUCCUGAAGAAAUUUUUGAUAAACUACAUAAACUUUUAAGAAACGAUCAUGUUUUUAUUGAAGGUAAAAUUACCGAUAAUUAUUGUAGUUAUGUUAAUUACUGGUUAAAUGAAGAAGCCAGGAAGAGGUAUCCUCUUAUAAAUAAGUUUGAUUUUGAUAUUUUCCUUAAAUUUGUAGUUAAUUUCAAUAAGGAAAAAUCUGGUAAGGAAGAUGAUACAUGCUAUAGCUAUAUAGAAUACCUAACUUAUGUUGUAUAUAAGAGAAUGGAAAUCUUAUACAAUUUUUAUACAUUCUAUGAUAAUCUUAUAUCAUCCAAUGAAUCGGUUCGUAAUGAUGCAUGUGAAAAACUUUUAUAUAAUAUUCGCGUUUAUAAUGAUAUUAUAAACGAUUAUUAUGAUAAUCACCGAGAUUUAUAUUAUAAGAUAACACACGUUAAAGAUUUAAUUGUAAGUUUCUUAUCUAAUUCUUCUUCGACAUGUCCAAUAUAUGCAAAUUUCUGGGUACCAAAGAAUUUUUUGCUGGAUGAACAAUUAAAAAAGGAGAAAGAACAAAGAGAAGCUUUAGAAAGGGAAAAAGAACAAAAGGAAGCUUUAAGAAUGAAGCAAUUAGAAAGUGAAACAUCAUUAAAAAGUAUAAUAAAUCAAAAUAUAAAAUCCCGAAGCGGGAUUGAACAAAUGGAAAAACUGAUGAGGACUUAG